AAGUUGAAAUUUCACCCAUCCAAUCCCUGUGUGACUCUACCAGAACUGAAACUUCUGCCUAUCCUUGUCCUGCCUAUACAUUCUGAUGCCACCUCUCUCAGGUUAAAAAGCUGUCAUUUGACAGCAACUGCCUAGUUCAUAUGACACAAUUCUGUCAUGGAAAGCGGCAAGCUGAAAAGGAAUGUGUAACUGCUAUUAGGCACCAGUAGAUGGCAGUAAGUAGUCACGUGACGCCACACUGGCAAGGCAGCUCAGGGCAGGGACGCAGCUAGGAGACACGUAGUAAACGCUUUCUGCUGUGUGUUUGCCACCCGGGCUGCCGUACAGAGCGAGUUCCAGGCAUCUUCUUUACCAAACGCUGUAAGGUCCGACAGAGGAGAAGCAGGAAAUCAGAGAGAAUGAAGCUGAAAGAAAUAGAACGGUCUGCUGUUCAAGUAUGGAGCCCGGCCAACCAACACCCAGUUUACUUAGCAACAGGAACAUCAGCACAACAGCUGGAUGCCUCCUUCAACACCAGUGCUGCCCUGGAAAUUUUUGAGGUCGACUUUGGAGACCCUCACCCUGAUGCGAAAAGAAGAGGUGUCUAUCCAGUGUCUAACAGGUUCCAUAAGAUACUGUGGGGCAGUUUUGAAAGUGACCAGUUGGGUUCAUCUGGAGUAAUUAUUGGGGGAGGAGAUAAUGGAGUAAUAACUCUAUAUAGUGCUUCUCAGAUCCUCACAUCAGGAGAGGAACCAAUUAUUGCAAAGAAUGACAAACAUUCUGGCCCUGUUAGGGCUCUUGAUUUAAAUCCAUUUCAGAGCAACCUACUUGCAUCAGGUGCCAGUGAUUCUGAGGUUUUCAUCUGGGAUUUGAACAACUUCACUGUGCCAAUGACCCCAGGAGCUAAAGCUCAGCCCAUAGAAGACAUCAGUGCAAUUUCUUGGAAUCAACAGGUGCAACACAUCUUAUCCUCUGCUCAUCCCAGUGGCAAAGCUGUGGUAUGGGAUCUCCGCAAGAAUGAACCUGUCAUUAAAGUCAGUGACCACAGCAACAGAAUGCAUUGCUCAGGACUGAUGUGGCACCCAGAGGUUGCUACCCAGCUUGUCCUGUCUUCUGAAGAUGAUCGCUUACCUGUAAUACAAGUCUGGGACCUGCGUUUUGCCAGCUCCCCACUGAAAAUGCUGGAGAACCACACAAGGGGCAUUCUCUCUAUUUCGUGGAGCAAAGAUGACCCAGAACUACUGCUAAGCAGUGCAAAAGACAACAGAAUAUUAUGCUGGAACCCAAACACAAGUGAAGUUGUUUAUGAGCUGCCCACCAAAAACCAGUGGUGUUUUGAUGUUCAGUGGUGUCCACGUAAUCCAUCCAUAUUCUCUGCUGCCUCAUUUGAUGGAUGGAUAAGUGUAUAUUCUGUUAUGGGUGGAAACCUAGAAGCUCUGCAGAGGAGUCAAGCAGAUAUGAUAUCAUCGUCCUUUAAUAGCCUGGAUCCCUUUGGGACAGGGCAACCACUACCUCCACUACAAGUGCCGCAACAAGUUGCACCACAGACCACUGUAAUCCCUCCUUUACAAAAACCUCCAAGAUGGAUUCGCAGACCAGUGGGAGUCUCUUUUGCUUUUGGUGGAAAACUUGUUUCUUUUGACUGUCCAAAAGCUUCUGUGCAGCCAAACCAGGAGCCCUUUCCAAGGCAGGUUUACAUCAGCCAAGUCAGCACUGAAAAGGAGUUCUUGGCCAGAUCCAGUGAACUGCAAGCAGCAUUGCUCUCCGGGAACCUUGUGAACUACUGCCAAAAUAAAGUGCAAAGUUCUCAAGAUGUAUACGACAAAAGCAUCUGGAACUUCCUUAAGGUUAAUUUUGAGCAAGAUGUUAGAGAGAAAUAUCUUAAGCUCCUAGGCUACAACAAAGAAGAACUGGAUAAUAAGAUCUCAGAUGCACUGGGGGAGAACUUCCAGAACAAGAGCAGCCCUUCAGAGCCAGAUGAUUUAGUCCAAAGCAUCCAGUCUGUCUCCACCCAGGGUUCUAGUAGCUUUACAGGACAAACACCAUCAACCUCUUCUUCCAUGGAGUUUUUUAACCUACCUCCCCAAGAUUCUGCCAAGUUUGAAAUCCCAGUAAAUUCAGAUACUGAUGGGUUGGUCAGCCAGGCGCUUCUCUUGGGAAAUUUUGAGGUUGCUGUGGAUCUGUGUUUAAAAGAUGGACGGUUUGCCGAUGCCAUUAUAUUAGCCAUUGCUGGUGGAGAAGACCUACUAAGAGAAACUCAGCAGUGGUACUUUGCUCAGCAGAAAAAUAAGAUAACUACACUUCUGUCUUCAGUGGUUCAGCACAAGUGGAAGGACAUAGUGCUCAGAUGUAAUCUGCAGAGCUGGAAGGAGGCCCUGGCACUCCUGCUGACUUACUCCAAACCUGAGGAAUAUGCUGAACUUUGCGAUAUCCUUGGAAACCGCUUAGAGACUGAAGGAGAAGGAAAGCUGUCCUCUCAGGCCUGCCUUUGUUAUAUAUCCUCAGGAAAUGUGGAGAGGCUAGUAGAAUGCUGGGUAAAAAGCCAUGAUAUAACAAAUCCACUUGCACUGCAGGAUCUUAUGGAGAAAGCCAUGGUUUUACGAAAAUCUAUUGAGAUACUUCGAGGAGCAGAGUUGCCGCCCCAAGGACCUGUGAUGGCAGAGAAAGUGGCUGAAUAUGCCAAUCUGUUGGCCUCGCAAGGGAACCUGGCAGCUGCCAUGAGCAUUCUGCCAUUUGAUUCUCAAGAGACUACAGUGUGCCAGCUGCGAGAUCGUCUUCUUAAUGCUCAGGGUGAAGGUGUGAGUAGUCAGAAUAACACAUCCCGUGAAUCCAGCAACCAGCUGCCUUUCGGUUUAAAAGGAAGCAAAGCACCAGAAGGAAUCCAAUAUAACAACAGACAGACUUUCUCACAGCCUCAGGUGGGCACUGGAAUUCCAGCUGUAACAACAGUGCCUUCAGUAUUCACACCUCAGUCAAUGUCCACAGCACCAGUGGGCCCCCCUCAAACUGUGCCAUUUCAAACAGUCCCAGGCCUGCCAUCUAAUGUCUACCCUAGACCAGGAGCUUGGCACACAUAUCCAGCGCCACAGCCACCUGUGCCAGGCCAUCCAGUCACAAACACUGCUACUUUGCCCCCAUCAUCUGUGACAGGACAGCUGCCUCCCAUCAGCUCACUGAAUUUGCCUGGUGUUCCCACAGUAUCUGGACCCAUGUUUUACCCUCCAGCCUCUAUUCCUUCUUCAGUGCCUGCUGCUAAUCAGCCUGUCUCAAGAACAUUUCCACCCAUGGGCCAGCCUCCCACUCCUCCUGGCAUUGCAUCUUCUCAGCCUCCUUUUAACUACCCCAUGGGUGCAGGUUUUCACCAUGGGGGACCUGGUGCUCCCACAAGUCUACCACCACCCCCUACAGGUUAUUUUCACUGGCUUCAGAACCAGCCAAGUCCAGCAGCGAGUGAACAAGAAGCAUGGAGUGAUCCUCAUGGUUUCAAAACUGGUAUACAACGGAAAAAGUCUAAUCCAGUCGUUCCUCCAGCACCAAUCACAGCUCCUGUUAUGAACCAUCCCAGUGAAUCAGAGACAUCGCAACCUCAGCUGAACAGCGGCUAUGACUUUAAUCAGGCUCCCCCUGGUGCACCUAAAGAAACAAAUAUGCAGAGGAUGCACCGGCUGCCAGUGGAAAAGGUAGAGAAAAAAGAAAUGCCUUCAGAGCAUCAGCCCCUGCAAAAUUCUUUUGAUGGCUUAGUGCACAGGUGUUCAGCUGUAGCAUCAGACCCCAAAACUAAGAGGAAGUUAGAAGAUGCUCUCCAGAGGUUGGAGUGUUUAUAUGACAAGCUUAGAGAAAACAAUCUAUCCCCUCACAUUCUGGCCGGGCUUCAUGAAAUUGCUCGUUGUAUGGAGAGCCGCAAUUACCAGCAAGGGCUGGUUGUACACACACAGGUAGUCAGUAGCAGCAACUUCAGUGAGGUCUCUGGCUUCAUGCCCAUCCUGAAGGUCCUCAUGACUAUUGCCAGCAAGCUGUGCGUGUAAUAGCAAGCAGGACUCACUGAAACUGUCCCUGGAAGAACUUUUUUUCUCUCUGCAGGAUUGGAAAUGUAUGUGCCUCACAGGUGCAGCUUCUAAAUAUGUGUAAGUGCGUGUUCGAGUCUUCAUGCAAAUAUAUUCAUAUACGGACACAUAUUUUGUGCAGUGCACUGUAGAAUGCUUUAGAACUUGCUGGCAUAGGGAACAGAAACAAGCAAUGUUGAAUAUGCUGGUUCCAUCCAUAAAACAGAUUUUGUUUUAAUAUGGAAUAAAUCAACUGUCACCCA